AUGACUACACGGUAACCCUAACAAUGGCUGCCGGUACUUACUACCUGCAAGCCAAGAACUUGCAGGCCGACAGUGAAGACAACUUCUCGUACAGAGAGGUGUCUGUGGGGGGUAGUGUGUGUUCGUCUGGAGAAGAGGAUCUCGGCACUGCUCUUCAGCACAUUGCUGCAGACUCUGGGAAGGGGCCUCAGCAGGACGCAGGUCCUCAGCAUCAACCAGAGGAAAGGAAGGAGGUGGUGGAGGACUUUGUACGUAACUUUCUGGUGAGUGUGGGUCUACACAAGACAGCAGACAUGUUCCAGGCAGAGUGGUAUGAGUUACAGGUGACUGGAAGACUACCCACCCACCUCUCUCAGACCUUACCUGAUGUUCAUGCACAGAACAGACAGUUGGAAGAAAGGCUGGGAGACCUGGAGAGAGAGCUCCUCAGGCAAAGAGAGGCAGCCAGGAUGUCUCAGGAGCAGUAUGUCAGACUGAAGAAGGAGAGGGACUACCAUCGCAUGCAGCACCGCAGGAUCCUGCAGGAGAAGUCCCUGUUGGCCACAGAGGCUGACAGACUCCGCAAACACUUCUCAUCCUACGAGCCUCUUCUGCAGACACUGAGGAAGAAAUACCAGUCGGUCACAAGAGAGAAGAUGCUGGCCUCUCUGGAGAGAGACAGAGCCCUCUCUGAGGUGAGCUGGGAGGGAGAGAAGUUUAAAAUUUUUUUGCUUUUUUUGUUGGACCCACUAUUCUGCAGGUAGAGUGUCUGCAGUCCACUCUACACUCAGUCCAGCAGAAACCGUCCUACUUGAGUCCCGAGCCUUCGGCACCAGUUGCAGCCAUGCCAGUCAAGCCUGCUCCGACCGUGAUCCCAGGAGAGCCAGCCAACCCCUACCUGCAGGAGAGCACUCUGCCUUCCUCCACUCACCUCACUAGGACUGGGGGACUCCAACCUGUACACACUUUCUCCGCUCACCAGUUUGCCACCAGCAGUGUUGAUGUACACCCCAGUAAGGAGGUUAUGGUCACAGCCAGCGAUGACCACACUUGGAAGAUGUGGACUCUCCAGAGCUGUGAGCUGUUGAUGACUGGUGAAGGUCAUUCCGACUGGCUCUCCCAUGCAGCCUUCCAUCCAUCAGGUGAUCUGCUAGCUACUACCUCUGGAGAUGGGUCUGUCAAACUAUGGGACUUCACCAGAGCUUGCUGUAGUCUGACACUCUCAGAGCACAGACAACCAGUGUGGCAGUGCAGUUGGCAUUGGAGUGGGCAGUUCCUGGCCUCCGGGGGCAUGGACCACUGCUCCAAGCUGUGGGACAUUGCCAGAGGCCUGUGUGUGUCAACACUCCGAGGACACUCCGACUCAGUCAAUGCAGUUCACUUCCUCCCCUUCUCAAACUCCCUGCUCUCGGCGUCUGCCGACAAGACCCUCUCUCUCUGGGACAUCAGAACAGGACUGUGUGUACAGACAUACACUGGCCACCAAAACUCCUGCAACGAUGUCAUUUCAGAUAUGAAGGGUCAGAGGGUGUUCUCCUGUGACUCCCUGGGAGGACUCCUCAGCUGGGACAUCAGGACUCCCCAGGAGCCAGUUCAAACCUGGGACCUUUCUCCUGCAGCUCUGCACAGCGUGGCUGUGGACCCAGCAGGGCUCCUGCUGGCCUGUGCCAGAGGAGAUGGAGUCAUCUCCCUACUGGACACCUCUCCCAGUGUUCAGGAGUGGAGUGUUAGUGGCCAUGAGGAGGAGUGUGUGUGGGGUGUGGUCUUCAGUCCCUCAGCCGACUGCCUGGUCUCCUCUUCAGCCAACGGCUCCGUCGUCAUCUGGAGAUGAUUGCAGACCUACACCACUAUCACUGUACAUUGUACUGGCCAUGUGUUAUGGGUGUUUCGCAGUCACAUGCAGAUUACGUUGUCUGCAGAUACAUACGUAACGUAUGCCAAGUGCUUAUGUGACUUUUG